AUGGCGUCCCAAAUUACGGAAGCCAACUUAAGGCAAAGCCGGUCGUACUCCGAUAAGGCUAAUUACACACAGGCUAGGGACUUACUUCAAAAGACUCUAGAAUCACUCACCGGAAUCAACCGACUUGAUGUCGUAACCGAGUACGCCAGGGUUCUUCGAGCACAGGGUUAUUUCGCGAAAGCCUUAGAACUACUUUUGGAAGAAAAUGAGAAGCUUUCAGGAUGCCCAACUGCCGCUCCUGGUUCGAAGUGGGCAAUUAUUCGAAUGAAGAUGGAGAUUUGUUUGCUCAGGAUGAGCGUAACGGCUGAAUUCGACCGACCGCUGCAAGAUGCAGAGGAUCUGCGUAUCGAGGCGGAUGACUUUGAGGCGAUUAUGGAACUUGACCCAUCAGCUAUUGAUGCAGCGGCGUUUCAUGCCAAGAUCCGCCUUCUGUCAUGCCAGUUCCAUGAUCCGGUCAAGCCCGCCCUGCUAGAAGGCUUGAUUUCAUGGCUGGUGCCUGUGUUUGAAAAGCUCAUUGGGAUGAGCCGCCAUCGAGAAGCGUACAGAAUACUCGAAGCCUACGGACUCUUCCUCAGACAAUCGGAGCAUGUAGGCAUCGCAUGUCUGGAUUUUGAGACUUGGCAUGCGAUGGCCAGGGCACUCAUAUCGUCCGCAGAUUUGCAGUUGUUAAGGGCAGAUGCCAUGGUUCUGCUGUCCAGAUAUGCCGACAAAUCAAUUGGUCAGGCAACAAUUGCGGGCAUGGAAUCAAAUGCCAUAACAAUAUAUACCGAUGGAGCACAUUUGCUAGGUGUAGCAGAUGUUAGGAUCCGGCAAAUCAGCCGAGAGAUUGAAGGGAGACCUGAGAAAGUCACAGAAGAAGUCCUGGCGGAGUUAAAGGAGCUCUUCUCCAAGUACGAGGCGGCAGAUGCCGUCUCAGCCUACCAUGAAGCUGUGGAAGCCAUCAUUCCGCAUAUCCCUGGCUCGCUGGCCCCUGAUCUUCGGCUCCAACUCUUCCAUGUGAGCGACGAGCUAAACGUAUUCACGGGGGCAACUCUAGCUUCCCAUGUCAGCCGCAUCCGCCUCAUUAGUGUAUGGGUUGCACAUUCGGGCAAGGCGGUCCGUGCUGUCGAUGCCACUGUUGGUAUUCAUUCUGCAUUGGGAGUUGGUGGUUGCAGGUGGCUAAAGGGCAUGGCUGCCUAUCUUGCGUCUUUAGCCUACUGCCAGCUGAUGGAUUUUCAGAAGGCAGCAGACUGGGCAAAUCAAUCCAUUGAAGAAUUCGAUGGCAAGUUUAGUGCUGAUAUAUCUAAAGCCACCACUACUCUUGUGCAAGCGAAGCUCAGUAUCAGGAAACAACGCCCUGGUUUAAUGAGUCUGGAUGAAUUCCUCUCUUUCGUUGAGAGUGCCAUUGAACAUGAUUUAGAGAAUGGGUUCCUUGAACAAGCUGCGAUUAAAAUGGAGACUAUCACAGACAACAUACAAGAGCUGAGUGAUGAAAAACUUGAACAUUGGCUGGAAACGAUGGAAAGGGUUAUUAAAAAGUUAGCGACAAGCGACUCUGAAGAAGCAGAUAUGCGGAGGGCAGGGCUGUAUCAGAAGCGUGCCACCAUUCUUGCUUUUAAAAUAGGCCAAGCCUCAGAUCCAGAGCAGUGGGAUCAAGCUCUGAAGUACUUGGAGGAAGCAGUUGCUUUGUACAUGACGCACAAAAGACUUAUGGAGGCGGCAAACACGAGACAAAUCCAGUCUGUGGUGUUGUUCCGCAGAUUCCAAUUCGCACCCUCCGUUGAUCUUUUAUCCCGCUGUCUGGAGCUGAUUGAAAUUGCACUCGAACUUUUCACUCUCUUGGAUAAUCUCACAUUCAUCACUUCUGCAAGCGACUGCAGAUCAAAAUUUCUGUUUGCAGGUUGGGGAUACGGAUGGGUGACAGGUGAUGAUGUCUUGAAGGCAUUACAAAACGCAGAAGUUGCUCAAACGAUGGAAAGAGCAGAUAUGACUGUUUCCUCAAGCCUGGAGGCUGUCUCUCGCCGGCAACACUUUGCCUCCUCUUCUGCUGGGCUGAGAAACAUAUACCGACAUGCUUUCAGCAUCUGCCUGAUAGAAAAUCGGGUUGCUGACUUAUGGGAAUGGACCCAGAGGGCCAAAGCUCGAAGCUUGUCGGAUCAAUUAGGUCUAGAGACCCAAAUACCACUGGUAAUCCAAGAGCAAAUAAACCAGGAUGCAUCUAGACGAGAGAUGACACAGAGAGCAGAGGAUCUAUGGAAACAGAUUUCAGACAGCGAUCCGAUGACACGACUUAGACUCCGGGGGGAGCUUGACAGAGUUCAUUCACAAAUGAAGAACGACCCACUGCUGAAACUGUCCUUGGAUAUAAGGAAGGGUACGCCUGUCGAGUUGAAACAGAUGCGUGAGCUGGGUGAGCAGAUGGAGAGGCGAUCCCCAAACCAAAAUGUGCUCUUUAUCGAUUGGCUGGAGCAUUCCGGGAGCCUCUGGAUCUUGGUUCUCAACAGCAAUUCUGAGUUGCCGAAGAUGCUGAAAUGCCCCCUCUCCGUCGACGAGGUGGUAGCCUGGAAACAAAAUUGGCUUGACGCCGAGGCUGGGAUGCCUUCGGCGUUUGAAGAAGACAAUUAUUAUGAUGAAACUGAACCGGAGUUUAGUUUACGUAGCCUGGAUGGCCUAGUCUCACCCCUGGAGCAACUAUGCAAAAGCGAGGACCUCCUCAUCUUUUGUCCAACAGGCGUACUGCACUCUAUUCCUUUACAUGCUUUAUGGGUCAGCAACGGGACUACCGUCAUAGAGCGGCAUCCGGUAAUUUAUAGUGCCAGCCUCACAGCAUUUUGGCAAUGCCAUCGUCGGGCCGCGCUGGUAUCAGAUUCAUUCUCGCCAAUGAGUAUGCCUUGGACGAUGACAGGAGUCUUCGAGCCAGGCAUAAAUGCAUUUGACGAAGUUGAACAAGAGAAGGUAUAUUCUUCCAUCUCCCAGGUGGCUGAAAUGUUCAACACGGAGCGAGGAAUCGGCCACGAUGUGACCACGUCCUUCCUUUCGGAUGCUAUCCAACAAUCGGCGCUUUUCCACUUUCACGGGCACUGCAUACUCGACCGUAAUUCGAUAACAGACCAGUCCCUUGUGCUAGCUCACGAUAGGCUCACAAUGCGUGAGGUCUUCGAAAUGAAGUUGAAGACACCUCACAUCACCCUCGUGGCAUGUGAUUCUGCGUCACAAGGCAUAACAGCAGGUGAUGAACCCCUCGGAAUGGUGACUGCCUUCCUCUGCGCAGGGGCAGGCUCUGUUUUGGGAACACUCUGGCCCACAGCCUCUCAAACUGGUCGACAAUUCAGCGAGGCAUUCUAUACUGCGCUCGCGUCUGAAAUGAAGGAUAACGUAAGUGGUGCUGUGGACUUAGCACACAUCACUCGGAACGCAAUUCUAUCUCUUCGCCAGGACAUGGACACUCGACAACCUUACCAUUGGGCAGCUUUUGUGCUCCACGGAUCCUCUUCGUUCAAAGUACGCCAAUGUAAAGGAUCUUAG